AUGUUUUCUCAGCGCAACGCCCUUCGUCUGUCCCAGCGCGCUGCCCAGCAGCUGCGUGCUGCUCCGGUCCGUUCGACCGUCCAGCGCCGUGCCAACAGCACCGACUCCAAGCAGCUUCCCUCUUGGGCCGUCGACAACGCAUUCAACCGCGAGAGAGAGGCCGUCAAGCACCACGCUGCUGCUACCAGUGACCUGUGGCGCAAGCUCUCCAUCUACGCCGUCAUCCCCGUUCUGAUUGCCGGCGGUAUCAACUCCUACAACCUCUGGAACGAGCACUGGGAGCACUGGGAGCACAUGCCCCCUCUUGAGGAGCGCACCGAGUACCCCUACCAGAACAUCCGCGUGAAGAACUUCCCCUGGGGAGAUGGUGACAAGACCAUCUUCUGGAACUCCAGCGUCAACUACCACAACAAGGACAAGGCCACCUAAACGUCCCGCAGUGGAUGACGGGAGUACAGCUUCUUUGAUUGAUCUUGACUGUUGACGGGAGGGGAAAUCAAAGAACAUGUAUAUUUAUCGGCAAAACAUGCAGAAGAUAGAAUGACCGGGAAGUCGGUGCUCAGUGGUGGAAUUGAGAUAGCGUGACACACAAUACUGAUAAGCUUCUUUUUCCUUUGUUCUCUGGUUUUGUUCAUAAUCAGCAUGAACUUGUUGGUUUCUUAGUAUUUCUUUCUCCAUAUGAUAGGAGUAGAGCGCUUUCCUGCUUUAUCCAGGAUAGACGCACCGACUGCGAGAGCAGUUCGCAGGAAAAUUGCGCGGAACCCGCGAGAUUGACCAGCGUUGGUCCAAUGGCC